AUGUGUCACUGGCGUACCCGUCAGCAUACCGUCUGCGGUUGCAGAGUCCGCAAGGACUCAAGGACACCAGGGAACAGAUGUGGAACUCCAAGGGAGCCUGGUAACUCAUGGUGCCCUAAUUUCAACCUGCCAUUUAACUUGGACAUCGAAAUGGAGGAUACCGAGUGUCAAUGGCAUCGGGAUAUCGCUGUAUUGCGAAGACACAUCGCCACGGAAAAUGCAGCAAUUCCACGAUAUACAAACCUUCCAACGACUCUCGAAGCGGCCCAGGCUAGGCUUGUGGAGUGGAAUAGGAGGCUUAGUGCUAAACUGGCGGAGCCUAUCCCCUGGUCUGAUGGUGCUCGAUAA